AUGGAGAAGACAACCAUGGGUCUGUCCGAUACUACUACUGGGACUACGGGGACUAUUCUUAUAUCAUCAAUGUCGUCCACACCACAACCAUCAACAACCUCAGCACCAGCAUCAUCAUCAGCAGCAGCAGUGGCAGACGCAGCAGCAACAUCAAACGAUUGCUGCUCUCCCUCUUCCCGCCAACAGACUGACAGCAGCAGCAGCCCGCCUCGAAAAAGCCCCAGGGCCGAGAUCACGACUGCAACUGCAACAGCAAUGGCGAGCAGGAACGGGUUAUCACUGGAGAGUCUUCCACUUGAAGUGAUCCACCAAAUCUUCUCCCUCCUGACGCUCACCGACCUCACCUCUCUCCGCCUCACCUCCCGCCCCCUCUGCUCCUCCGCAACAGCGAACCCCCACUGGCGCCACCACUUCACAAACCUCCUCCCCGCCCACGCCGCGCUGCUCGAUGUCGCCGCCAUCCCGCCAAGCGCCUGGUCGUUCGCGCACGUCCCCGACGGCUACUUCCGCGCCUACACGACACUGGUACGGACAGCGCGCGAGGACUGGCUACACAGCGACCAAGACCUCAAGGGCACGCUAUGGAUGGUUCUGUUCAAGGCCUUCCUGAAAGAGGGGGGUGCGCGCAGCGACGACCCAAACUACCACACACUCAUAGAGAUGCGGGCGGACUGCACAUCGAUCCCGCUGGAGGGGCAGCCGCUGAAUAGCUCGAGCUGGUAUGUAGACGGGAGGCCGAGCUUGAGAUUCCCCUGUUACCCACCCAACGUCCCCUCGCGCGACCCAUUCACGUGGUGUAGGAUAAUGCAGCACGUCUCAGUGCUCAUGCUAACAGACUCCCCGGACCUCCUGGAGAACCUGGUACACCUCAACACCUCCAUCCUCAACGCCUCGAACCUCCCAGAAGCGCAGCGGGACGCACGCAUAAAGACGCUACAGGAGGCCAACGACGCCGUGCUCGAGAACCGGAAGAAGGGCUUCAGCGACCGGCUCAAGACGCUACACCUACUACGGAGCGAACGCAACAGCAGCACCAGCGGCGGCGGCUACAGCAACGCUGAGCUGCCAGAGCUCGACGGCGUGGUCAACGGCAGCGGAUCGGCGGCGGCGGCGGCGGCGGCCAACGAGGAGGAAAGCGACUGGAGUCACGAUAAUGGCGACGGGGACGAGGAGGAGUGGAGCGAUGGCGAGGGUGGCGGCGGUGAGUAUAGUUACAUCUUUGGGGAGUGCGUGCUUUUUCAGCAUAUACAGCAGCAGCACGCCCGGCAGAACACGACGUUGGCGGCGGCGUCGCCGGCGGAGUCUUCGUCUUCGGGGGAGGGAGCGGGGCCGGCGGUGGAGUCGAGUUUGGAGGGACAAUUUGUUGGAGGAACAGCAGUUGUGGACGAGGAUUCUGCGGGGCAAUAA